AGGUGCGAGCCCGCUGGCCCCGGUGACUCCGUCGCGUUCCGCCGCCCGCAGCCGUGAGCCGGACUCGCCCGACCCAAGCGGGGGAAGAGCGGCGCGUGACGGCCUUGGAGUUCCCCCCGCGCGGCGGCCGAGUGCGGGCAGCCCGGGGCUGGGCGGUUUGAACCGCGGACGGCAGACAAAGGCAGCAGGAAGCCGUCCGUAGCCCGAGCGCCCGGCCCGGGCCUCGCCGGCGCGCGCAGCAGCGACGCGGCCGGGCGCGGGAUGCCGCAGGGCGCGGGGCGGCGGCGGCGCGCGGGCGCGAACGCGGCGCCCGCCCCGGCCGGGAUGUGAGGCCCGAGCGGCCGCGCGGGGGCGGGAAGGGCGGCAGGAAGGAAGCGCCGCUCGGACGCGCCGGGAGGAGGAGCGGCGGCCCGGCCGGAAGGCGGGGAGGGGCGGCCGUUGGCCCGCGGCGGCCCCGCUCUCGGCGCCUCCCGGGGCGGCGGCAGCGGCGGCGUCCGCGCCUCCUGCAGCCGGCGCGGCGUAGCGGCUGAAGGAAGAUGGAGACCCACAUCUCGUGCCUGUUCCCGGAGCUGCUGGCCAUGAUCUUCGGCUACCUGGACGUCCGAGACAAGGGUCGCGCGGCGCAGGUGUGCACGGCCUGGCGGGACGCCGCCUACCACAAGUCGGUGUGGCGGGGCGUGGAGGCCAAGCUGCACCUGCGCCGGGCGAACCCGUCGCUGUUCCCCAGCCUGCAGGCCCGGGGCAUCCGCCGCGUGCAGAUCCUCAGCCUCCGCCGCAGCCUCAGCUACGUGAUCCAGGGCAUGGCGAACAUCGAGAGCCUCAACCUUAGCGGCUGCUACAACCUCACCGACAACGGCCUGGGCCACGCGUUCGUGCAGGAGAUCGGCUCGCUGCGCGCUCUCAACUUGAGCCUCUGCAAGCAGAUCACCGACAGCAGCCUGGGCCGCAUCGCCCAGUACCUCAAGGGCCUGGAGGUGCUGGAGCUGGGGGGCUGCAGCAACAUCACCAACACCGGCCUUCUGCUCAUCGCCUGGGGGCUGCAGCGCCUCAAGAGCCUUAACCUCCGCAGCUGCCGCCACCUCUCGGACGUGGGCAUCGGGCACCUGGCCGGCAUGACGCGGAGCGCUGCCGAGGGCUGCCUGGGCCUGGAGCAGCUCACCCUGCAGGACUGCCAGAAACUCACGGAUCUCUCCCUGAAGCACAUCUCGCGAGGGCUGACGGGUCUCCGGCUCCUCAACCUCAGCUUCUGCGGUGGCAUCUCGGACGCGGGCCUCCUGCACCUGUCGCACAUGGGCAGCCUGCGCAGCCUCAACCUGCGCUCGUGCGACAACAUCAGCGACACGGGCAUCAUGCAUCUGGCCAUGGGCAGCCUGCGCCUCUCCGGUCUGGAUGUGUCUUUCUGUGACAAGGUGGGAGACCAGAGUCUGGCUUACAUAGCCCAGGGACUGGACGGCCUCAAGUCCCUCUCCCUUUGCUCUUGCCAUAUCAGUGACGAUGGCAUCAACCGCAUGGUGCGGCAGAUGCACGGGCUGCGCACGCUCAACAUUGGACAGUGUGUGCGCAUCACGGACAAGGGCCUGGAGCUGAUCGCUGAGCACCUGAGCCAGCUCACGGGCAUAGACCUGUACGGCUGCACCAGGAUCACCAAGCGCGGCCUGGAGCGCAUCACGCAGCUGCCCUGCCUCAAGGUACUUAACCUGGGACUCUGGCAGAUGACGGACAGUGAGAAGGUCAGGUGAGGGCGGCAGUUCCAUUCCCCUGCCCCGCCCUGCUCACCCCACGACCACCACCGUUCUCGCACACUCACGCGCGCACUUACACGUUCAUGGCCGUGGCCGCCACGGGGCCACGACGCAAAGCCUGGGCUCUUUUCUCCUAGGGCGCCCUUCCCCACUUCAUCUGGGGUUCUUCUGCUCCCUCUGCCCACUCUCCUCUCCUCUCCCAGUGGGUGGAGAGAUGGACGCUGCUGCUUCUCUGCCCACUCUUCUGCAGGGUAUGGAGACUGAUUCAGCCACCGCCAACUGUAUCUCCGGGCACUGCAUUUGGAAAUGGGGUGGGGGCGGGGAGGGACUAGGCGGUUCAACCCCGAGGAGUUGAGGAAAGAUGUCUGCCUUCACUUACACUUCAUUUGAUACUGUGAUCUGGUUUUUAUUUGGAAAUAUGUAGAAAGCGAGCGCUGCUCCACCGGUCUUUUCAUCCCCUCUGUAAGCCAGUCUCUUCUCAUCCCCGCUCCUUCGGCACUCUGCGACUCACUCGCUUUUAUCUGCUUUCCUCUUCGUUUUCAAAAAAAUCUGAAAUCAUUGUCCUCCCUUUUUUUUCUGCUGAGUAUAUUCUAUAUAUUCUAUAUAUAUAUAUAUAAAAGCUAUAUAUAUAUAUGUCUGGCUACCUCGUUUUAGUUUUUUUUUUUCUCUUAAACCCUGGAAUUCUACAAGAGAGAUAUUUUGAGACUGAAACAUUUUUGUGCCUAGACUGGAAAGAUGCCCACUGGGUUUGUAUGUCUUUUGUUUUGGCUUCUUGCCACCCUCCAUCUACCCAGUGUGUCCCCACUUCCGCAUCCUGGCUGUGACUUUUCUUUUUCCCCUUGUCUGUUGGGCUUUGAAGACCCAACCAUGUUUCUAAAUCUUGAUUUAAUUUAUAGCACAAAUGUACGGGAGAAAUGAGAGAACUGCCUUUUUGUUGCUUGAGAUGCAGACUGAGUCUCGAAGAGGAGUAUUAUAUAUGCAAAUUAUGCCCCACCCCAACCCUCUUCCAAGUUUUCCCACAAAAAGGUUACCUAGCAAGGCUUCCUGUCGGGAGAGCUGAGCUAGGCCUGCAGAGAGCCUGGGGCUGUACUGUGAAGGGAGGAGACUGAACUUCACGUCUAUCUGUGUUCUGUUUAUCAAAUGGGAGCUUGCGGGGCUGAAAACCUUUUGUUCUAAAUGGAGGAAUAGAGGGCUUUAUUUUGGUGGGGGGUUGGGACUGUGGCUUAAAAAAAUCGCUUUUGAGUAGGAUGUAUAUUUUUGUUGGAUAUUUUGUUUGUUUAUUUUUUUAGAGUCCUCCACAGCAACAUGAGACCAUGGAGAAACCCAGAGACCUUUAUCAAUUAAUUGUACUGUUUGUGAAUUUGUAUAAAUGAUAACAAAGAUCCUCUUAAAACGUUUAUAUUCUUACAGUAAAAGGUUAAACUGAUAUUUAUAUAAUAAAAGAGGAAAUAUGAAGUAUGUUUUUGAAAAAAAAGCACAAAAUCCCCCCUUGUAUUGUGAAUUAUUUUUAAGGCAUUGUGUGUUGGGUAUAUGCUAAAGUGGGAGGCACUGUGUACACCCUAAACGGAAGUAGGGCGUAGAGUUCAGUUUGUUUGUGUGGAGUAAGUUCAUGGUUGAGAAUUCCUUCUGUGUAAGGUUUCCCACUGACAUCAAUGUGCUGUUUCUAGAAAUGGGACUACAGUGGAUAUUUCUAUAAUUUCUGGUUUUAAAUUGUCAACAUGGAAACUGAAAGAAAAUGAACAGAAUGAAACUAGAGUCAGUUUCCCAGGGCGGCCAGUUUCUUUUUGUGGGAGGUGAUGGUGGAAGUGAGCUCAAGGGGUAAUCCUGAG